AUGGCUGCUAUCGCUGAUAAAUCCAAACCCUACCUCCCUCUAGCAAAUCUUAUAGGCGACGGCUGGUCCAAAGAAGGUGAAGCAAUAGCCACGUGUUUUUGUGGCAUCGUGCAAUUGGCAUCCAUAAGUCAAGGCCUGAUCAACACCUUCAUCUGCAACUGUGUAGAUUGCCAGAAAAUCACGGCGUCUAUGUUUGCAUCAAACUUCACCGUCGACGACAAAUACCUAAAACACCUACGCAGCCGCGACAAUCUGAAGACAUUCAGCCAAUCGCAUACCAUCGCCUCAGGCAACAACAUGACAAACUAUUUCUGUUCUACAUGUGGCACGCCUAUGUACCGUGUUAGCACGGGGUACCCUAGGAUGAGUAUCCUACGCAUCGGCACCAUAGACGAUUUAGUCCUACACGAGACUAAGCUGAGACCCCAAAUCGAACAGUUUACCAACGACCGUGUGAACUGGUUGCCGGGUGUGGAGGGAACUAAGAAAUUCGUAGGAAUCCAUACCUAA